CCUGAAUUCAGUCCAGAAAGAGUCCAAGGAGAAGAUUUGAGGAAACUAUUUGGAACCGUAUCACCAAGUUCUUCAAUUUUAGAUGAACAUGGCUACAGCAUGAAGACAACACAAAAAUCACCAGAAGCUGGAUCCUCUCCUCCAGUCAAACAGCUGCUUGAUGAACCAGAGACUGUCACCUCCAUAGGCACUGGAUACAGAAGUCUUUACAAUGUGACCUGUCUGAGUGAUGAAGAAAUCUGGACAAGUGGAAAUGACAACCUUAUGAAACUCUUCAACAUCAAUCAGGAAGAGUCACUACUCAAGUCAAUCACAACUAAGUCAGGGAACUGGACAUAUAGCAUAGCAGUGACAAAAAGUGGAGAUCUAGUUUAUACUGAUUUAGAUGAUACAUCUGUGAACAUUGUGAAGAAUGAGAAGAUAGAGGAGGUGAUCCGACUACAGAACUGGGGACCUCGCGGUGUCUGUAGUACCUCCUCUGGUGACCUCCUGGUUAUCAUGGUCAGUGAUGACAAACAAUCAAAAGUUGCCCGUUACUCUGGCAUCAUAGAGAAACAAACCAUUCAGUUUGAUGAUAAAGGUAAACCUCUCUUUUCAUCUGGUGGUUAUAUCAGACAUAUAACAGAGAACAGGAACCUGGAUAUCUGUGUGUCUGACAGUGAAGCUAAAGCAGUAGUGGUGGUCAAUCAGGCCGGGAAACUGAGAUUCAGGUACACUGGGCAUACUCCUGCUCCAAAGAACAAACCAAUCAGUCCUCAAGGAAUCACCACAGACAGUCAGAGUCACAUCCUUACAGCUGAUUAUAGCAAUGAGUGUGUCCACAUCAUAGACCAGGAUGGACAGUUCCUCCGUUACAUAGACUGUGGACUGAGUAGACCCUGGGGACUGUGUACAGAUACAAAUGACAAUCUGUUUGUUGCUCAAAGAUAUAUCAAAAAGGUUACAAAAAUCAAAUAUCUGCAGUGAUAAUAAUUAAUAUCUAUUAUACAAGAGGCUUACCUAAGUAU